AGUUUCGCGCCAAAAAAAGUGUAAAUCACCACUUCAUUCCUUCUUGUGCUCCGUAUUUUAUGUAACAAUAAGUGUCUUUCUUGAAAACCUGUAUGUAUCCUUUAAUAAUGAACACUUAAAUAGGCAUUAUUGAAUAUAUGAAAAGUUCAUUCAUAAUAAGACUUAUGUAAUGUAAUAAAAUAGGAUACGACUGCAAGGUUUUAGGCAGUACUCAGUUGACAAACGAAGACAUUAUAUAUUACGUGCGGCAAACUAUAAGAAUAAUCUUAAAUGGCUAGUGUACAGUCUGGGAUUCCAUUCCGUCAGCGCAAAAAGACUGGUUUAACAGAUGUCCAAAGAAAAUCAAAUUUGGAGAAUGAAAGUCUUACAAAUAUCAAACCACAAAAAAGACGCCUUUCAAAAACCUUAAAGACUUAUGACAAUGACUGUACACCAAACAAAGUCGGCCGAUUAAACAGUAUAACUAAUGAAUUAAACCAGAGUUAUGAGGAUGAGACAUUAUUUGAAAAGCCAAUUUCACCUUUAAAGAGAUUGACUAGCCGAGAGAAAGAAAUAGAAUUUCUUGAGGACUUUUUGGUAGAUCACCUUGACAAUGAGAAAUCUGCAUCAUUAUAUAUAUCAGGACAGCCUGGUACUGGGAAGACAGCCUCUUUGUCAUAUAUUUUACAAUUAGACAAGAUCAAGCAAGGGUUCAAACAAGUAUAUAUAAACUGCACUAUGAUGAAGUCAGCUUCAAGUAUUUACACACGGAUAUGUAAUGAGCUGCAUAUAAAGUCUUCGGGGACAUCAGAGAAAGCGUGUUUGACGGCUAUUGAAAAGUAUUUUAACAAAAAACAUAAAAUGAUCCUUCUAGUACUAGACGAAAUAGAUCAACUAGACAGUAAGAAGCAAUCUGUAUUAUACACAAUAUUUGAGUGGCCGGCUCACGACUAUGGGAUAGUGCUUGUAGGUAUUGCGAAUGCCCUGGACUUAACCGAGAGAACAUUGCCUAGGUUACAAGCCAGGUGUUCUAUGAGGCCAACAACUUUGCAUUUCGCUCCAUACACAAAGGAGCAGAUAAUCAAUAUUUUCACCGAAGUCUUGGCCAGUGAGGAUCGGACUAAUAUCUUUUCGGCACCAGCUUUGCAGUUGUUAGCAGCUAAAAUAGCUGCCGUGUCGGGCGAUAUGAGACGCGCAUUAGAUAUUGGCCGGCGAGUCGUAGAACUCGCCAGACGAAAUAAAUUUGGUGAAAGUAAAUCUGUUGACGCCAUGUUGAGCGAUUCCACGGUUACUGUUGAACUAAAGCAAGUGUUACAAGUACUCAAUGAUGUCUAUGGAGGUUCGAGCAAAAUUAACACCGAGGUCGGAGAUCAAAUGCCAAUGCAACAGAAGUUAAUACUCUGCAGCAUCAUCAUGCUGAAGGGCAAGAGUAAAGAGAUUUUGCUUGGCAAGCUACAUGAUGUUUAUAAAAAGGUGGCCACAUCGCGCAACAUAGCCUCACUGGAUCUCAGUGAGUUGUGCAGUGCCUGUGGGUUAUUGGAAUCGCGUGGGGCUUUACGUAUCAUCGGAACCGGUGGGGCAAGAUCCCGUAAACUUCGACUUAACUGGGACGAGACUGAGUUAACCGCAGCACUCGCUGAUAAACCUCUAAUGGCAGCUAUAUUGGCGGAUAAGACUCAUUUCUCCUAGUGUACGCUCAUUGCGUAUACGUGCGUUAUGUCCGUGUUACAUGAAGCUAGGUUUUCAAGCUAGGAUAGCAAGUACUGUCCUGGCUUGGAACAUGCUAGUUCUGUUUAUAUGAGGCUAGGAUUAUUUUAAGCUAGUUCUAUUGACUGCGGUGACUUCACGUCCAAAAUAAUUGCAUGCGAAUGAACUAAUUCAACUGAAUGAAUUACUUCGAAAACUGUUGUCUACACGAAGCCAGAAGUAAUAAUAAUAAUAUUUAUUUAUUUCUCACAAAAACUUACAAAACUUCAUAACAUGAUAUGUUACAGUAAUGUAUCUAAAUAAUUGUCAUUCUUCUUUGGAGUAAUUGUUAUUGAUUUGAGAUUUAGAAGUACUAGCUUGCAAGCUUACUGACACUAGCUUGCUAUUCUAGCUUGAAAAACUGGCCUCGAGUAACUCGGGCAUUAGUAAUAUAAUAGUCUUAUCUUAAGACUGAAGUUUUUUUGUGUCUGUGUAAGCGUUGUUAUAAUGAAAAGAAAAAGUACCGUUUUUGACAGCUCGAAAUAAUCGACCAGCCACACAAUUUUUAUAGUUUACUAUUCGAUGUAUGUUCUUUCCGUUAGUUGUUCCGUAAAGUUGACAAUAUAAAAAUCUAUCGUUACUAUAUUAUGGUAUAUAUGUACGUAUUGUUCGAGCUAAUAUCUUAGCCAGAAUGACGAGAAUAAUUCGUUAGGUGCGGCCUUUCCCGCCUUACUGAUAUUUAUAUUUUUAAAAAGUUGACAAUUUAACAGUCUAAUGGCAAAAGAGGUUAGUAACAAAUAUAAAAAUCAUUAUAAGUUUAUGUAAGAUUUUUCAUCUUUAGAGUAUUAGUAAAGAUAGAUUUUUAUAAUACAAAUAAUAACUCACGCAUAUUUUCAUCGAAAUUUAGAUAUUUUAGAAUUUGAUAAUAACAACAUAAGCAAGUAUUAAACACCCUGUAUGUAAACUUGAAAGUUAAGCUAUUUAUAUUGUAAUGUGUGUGCCUUAUAAUAAUACAAGUGAAUUUUUUCGACGUCGACAAACCAUUUCAUUUUACGUAUUUGACGUGAUUUUUGACAGUUGUAUUUAAUAUUUUAUUAUUUGACAUUUUGAGGCAUGAGCUUCAUCGUCUGUCAAAUGUUUAACGUAAUUUUUAUAUUAAGAGAUCUCAAAUGUGAAAGGAUUUAGAUGACGACAACUUGCAUUUAGAUGAAAGUUAAGUGUUUUAAUGGCUGGUUUUUAUACCAAAUAUAGAUAGUUAUGUAAGUAGAUUGUGUAUUAACAGCAUAUAAUUGUGUUCAAUACAAUGUAAGAAUUUCAAUUUCAAAGAACAUUUCGCUCGUAUUUUUAACAAUAAUGCUUAUUGUAAUGAGUAUUUUGUGUUUAAACUUUUUCUUUUAUACUAAUGACAUUGACGUGUAUUUUGUUUUUAUGUUUUAUUGAAUUAAUUAUUUGAAUUCAAUACAAAAAUGCAUUUCUAAAUUUAAAAUUAUGUAACAUUUAAAUUUCGAAUUUUCACUUUAAGUUUUACGAUGAAUUUGUUAUGUCUAUAAUAAUUAAUCAACUCUAAUUUAUAUUAAUGUGUUUGUUCGUAUAUAUUUGCUGUCAGUUUCUCUUGUUUGAUUAAUUUGUUGAUUUGUGUCUCUUGUAUUAUUUAUGUUUAUAAUUGAUUUGUCAUAUUUCUUUGUAUAAUUUAAUGUUUUUAUGUAAAUUGUUUUUCAGAUAGAUGUACUAAUUCGUAUUCUUAAAAUAUUUUUUGUGUAUUAUGACUUUUUAAAUAAACAAAUCCAAUUUUA